AUAGUAAAGUUGGGCUUAAAGAAAAAGCCCAAAACGAAGGAAGCAGAGGCAGAAACGGAAGUGAUGGUGUUUGGGUGGUGAGAACGAAAGUGAUUGGAAUCAGUUAUUGUGAUUAGCUUUGUUACUUAGGUCAAAACCAUUUCAGAUUUCAGAAACACGAUACGACACCGAUGCAAGGUGUGGUGCUGAAUUCACAAUCUUACUGCAGAGGCAUUGAACCUCCCUCAUCUUCUCCUUCUUCUUCCUCCACCCCCAAAAAGGGAACGAUAUUUUUUGGUAGUAAUGUUCCUUUUAGGACGAAAAGUAGUAACCUUCUUCGUCGUUCACCGCUCUCUACACGUCCAUUUGUUAUAAAGGCUGUUGCCACUCCAAAUCCAGCUGUGGAAUUGCCAUUAACUGCUGAAAAUGUUGAAAGUGUGUUGGAUGAAAUUCGACCAUAUCUCAUUUCAGACGGUGGAAACGUCGCUCUGCAUGAAAUCGACGGUAAUGUUGUACGCUUGAAGUUACAGGGUGCUUGUGGAUCGUGUCCAAGUUCUGUUAUGACAAUGAAAAUGGGCAUUGAGCGUCGACUAAUGGAAAAGAUCCCUGAAAUAGUGGCAGUUGAACCGGUAACUGAUGAAGAAACCGGUCUUGAGCUAAAUGAAGAAAAUAUAGAGAUGGCUCUAGAGGAAAUAAGGCCAUACCUGGUAGGGGCAGCUGAUGGAUCUCUUGAAUUGGUAGCCAUUGAGGAGCCAAUAGUAAAGGUCCGAAUCACAGGUCCAGCUGCUGGUGUCAUGACUGUGCGUGUUGCUGUUACACAAAAAUUGCGAGAAAAAAUACCUGCCAUAGCAGCCGUUCAGCUGUUAUGAUAUUUUGGUGCAAAACAAAGCAAGAAUAUAAGUCUCAUAGGCAUUGUUGUAAUUUUUCAUGAACAACACUAAUGGGAAUAAAGUGUUACAUGUGAUGUAUAGUAAAUUCAAUAUUCUAUGCUUUUACACAGUGGAAGAAGGCUUCUAUAUACACAUUUCAACUAC